CACCCACAAUCUUCCCAUUGUUCACUGGCAUCAUUGUUGGUCUGACCUCCCAGCUGCUCAGCCAUGGCCCCCAAGAAAGCCAAGAAGAGGACAGCAGAGGGAGCCAACUCCAAUGUGUUCUCCAUGUUCGAGCAGGCACAGAUCCAGGAAUUCAAAGAGGCCUUCACCAUCAUGGACCAGAACAGAGAUGGCUUCAUUGACAAGAAUGAUCUGAGGGACACCUUUGCUGCUCUCGGACGUCUGAAUGUGAAGCAGGAGGAGAUAGACGACAUGCUCAAAGAGGCUCCCGGCCCCAUCAACUUCACCGUCUUCCUCACCAUGUUUGGCGAGAAGCUGAAAGGUGCUGAUCCAGAGGAGACCAUCCUCAACGCUUUUAAAGUCUUUGACCCUGAGGGGAAAGGGGUGCUGAGGAAGGACUACGUGACACAGAUGCUCACAACACAAGCCGACCGAUUCUCAGCCGAAGAGAUGGAGCAGAUGUUUGCUGCCUUCCCCCCAGAUGUGGCAGGAAACCUGGACUACAAGAACCUGGUUCAUAUCAUCACUCACGGCGAGGAGAAGGACCAGGAGUGAACUUUGUAUCAGUUUAUUCACCAGCUAGACAGUCAGUCUCUUCACUCUUUAAUGACUCAAACCUGCCGCCCAUGAAGAAGAUAUGGACUAUUUAGUCAAUUUUUAUGCCCGCUUUAGUGUUUCUGUGCUGUUUUCUUUCUCUCGAGACCACAGAAGGAUCCUGACAAAGUGUUCCGCAAAAAAAUGCAUAUUUGACAGCAUCAGCAUAACGAGCUGUCUUGUUCUCUUUCUGCUUUCUCCACAGUAUAUUUCCACAUUCACCUAAUUUAAUUAUUUUUCCUUAUCAUUUUAUACACUGAAAAGUGCUGCCUGUCUUUGUCAAAUUCACUUGUUCGGUCUGUGCAUGUCUGUUGAAUAAAAGUUUUUGAAAACA